CCUCACUCAGCCAGACUCUGUGAGGCGGUCACUUCAUGUCGGUGUAUCCUUCAGUCUGUUCCGCUGACUUUACCGGAUUAAAAACAAACUUAACAGAGCAGGUUCAUUUUUAAAAGCACCAAUUAGCGCGGAUUGAGGAAGAAGUUGAAGGUGUGUAAUGGGUUAACGGCGGAAGGCCUCGCCUCACCUUUACUGCGCGUCACCGGGCUCCGUAAAGUGGUCCCACCAUCCAAACCAAAAGGGGAAAAUCACCGCCUCUCGUCGCCGCCGCACGCGCACCCUCGCCUCGGUCGCUCUCACAUCAGCCUGUCGGUCUCCGCCCCGCCGCUCCAUCAGCACACACACACCCAGAAGACACCGGGAAAUAAGAGUGAUUUACCGGAGCCAUGAAGGACCGCAUGCAAGAACUUAAACAUGGAAAGGAAACGACAGAGGAGGAGGAUGAAGUCGCUGUGGGGAUGGACAAAGGCUUUAUGGAUGAAUUCUUUGAGCAGGUGGAGGAGAUCAGGGGUUUUAUCGACUCUCUGGCAGAGAAAGUUGAGGAGGUGAAGAGGAAGCACAGUGCCAUCCUGGCUUCACCCAACCCAGAUGAGAAAACUAAAGCUGAGCUGGAGGAUCUCAUGGCAGACAUCAAGAAGUUGGCCAACAAAAUACGCUCCAAAUUAAAGAGUAUCCAGCAAACCAUUGAACAAGAGGAAAGCCAGAACAGGUCAUCAGCUGACCUGAGGAUACGCAAGACACAGCACUCCACACUGUCCCGUAAGUUUGUCGAGGUGAUGUCAGAGUACAACACCACCCAGUCGGACUACAGGGAGCGCUGCAAGGGACGCAUUCAGAGACAGCUGGAGAUCACUGGAAGAAACACAACAAAUGAGGAGCUGGAGAGCAUGUUGGAGAGCGACAACCCGGCUAUCUUUACCUCGGGGAUCAUUAUGGACAACAUCACCGAGCAAGCCAUGAAUGAGAUCGAGACGCGGCACAAUGAGAUCAUCAAGCUGGAAAACAGUAUCAGAGAGCUUCACGACAUGUUCAUGGACAUGGCCAUGCUGGUGGAGAGCCAGGGGGAAAUGAUAGACCGCAUAGAGUACAAUGUGGAGCACUCAGUAGACUAUGUGGAGAGGGCAGUAUCAGACACUAAGAAGGCGGUUAAAUACCAGAGUAAAGCCCGGAGGAAGGUGAUCCUGAUAGGAGGUUGUAUUGCAGCAUGUCUGACCGUCCUCAUUAUUUCCCUCGCAGUUGGACUCAGUUAGGACUCUAAGAAAUCCCUAAGAGCUGACAGGGCAGGAAGUGAUGCCUCCUCCUGUGGGUCUAAUGUUCGGCAGUUAAAAUGUACUGUAUAGUGGGCUCUGUAUUGUGCAGUCAGUAACUGCGUGUGAAGUAAGAAGAAGGCUUACAUUACUACCCUAAAGACAGUCUGACAUGGUUCUGUGCACUCAAAUAUCUUACAUUUACUUUUACAUAUAUUUUUUAAUACAUACAUUUUUCUAAACUAACAGCCAAAUACUUUGACGAGCUAACGUGUGCCUUGUGUCCAUUUGUGUCAUGAUUCACAUAUUGUUGUCAUGCGCAUGUUCUGCAGUCUUCUGAGGAGCUUUGCAUGUUUUUACAAAAACAAAGCUGCAGAUACUAAGUGGUUAUAUUAAUCAAAAUGCAUGUGUUGAAUUGAAAAACGAAAGUGCAUAUACCUCAGCAAAGUUCAUGAACAGUCAGCUUCAUAUACUUACAGAUGUGUCCAACAUUGAGAACCCUGAAAAAAGUUUUUGAGUCCAUGAUCAAGGUUCAAAAAUAUAAAUGUUUCCUUCUUUUUUCUUUGUUUUAAAGAUAUAUUUUUUUUUGGCUUUUUUGCCUUUAAUUUAUGGGAAAGCUAAGUGUGAAGGGGGAGAGAGAGACAGAGAGAGAGAGAGAGCAGCAAAGGGCCACGGGCUGGAGUCGAGCCCGGCCCGUUGCAGCUACAGACUUGUACAUGGGGCGCCUGCUCUAUCCACCAAGCCACCAAUGCUCCUAUAAAUGUUUCCUUUUUUGAAGCAUUCAAGGAAUAUUUUUACCAUAUGGGAAAUAAACAUGAGUUAUGAGUGACAUCUGAUUUCACACACAUACAAAAUGAACUUUUCUAGGCUUUGGCAAAGUUUUACAAAUAUAAAACCAUCCAUCUAUCCAUUAUAUGUAACCACGUGUCAUAUUCAGGGCUGGAGCCUAGCCAAGGUACUUGUAAACGUUCUUUGUUGCCUGUGGGCAGAGCCCGGCUUGCUGUUUCCCCUACUUUCCCUCCUAUUUUUUAUGCUAAGUUAAGCUCACCAGCUUCUUAUGUACUGCAGAUGAGAGUGGUAUUAAUCCUCUAAACUAAUUAUUAUCUGAAAAUGAGUAAGCGUGUGUCCAAAACUAUUCCUUUAAGAACUGGAGACUAAUUCCUCAGGGUUUAAAUGAUGGACAUUGGCUGUUUAUGAAUGUUGAGGCAUGUGUGCUUAAAUGACAUAUUUUAUGAUUUAACUUUGCUUUAAAGUCACUGUGUGGAUUUUUACAGAAAACUGAAACGACCUCAGUAAACACUGGCUCAGUCUGUAGUCUGCUUAUUUCAGAAGGUAGCUUCAUGCAUCCUUAGCUACCACUAGAUGGCGCCAAACUUUAGCAUUUCCAUUAUCUACACAUUGUGGCUUUAAAUAUAAUGAUUCAUGUUUGUGGCAUGUAUGAACACACUGUGUUGUGUUUAAUGUGUUAUGAACAAAAUGCAGGAGCCAAAGAUUAAUGAUUUUUUAAAGUAGAGCAUGUGGAAAUGCCUCUAAACCACAGUGACACUCCAACAUUAUCAGAUAUAUUCAAAUCAAAUAGUCUCUCUCCUGCAUUGUGUUCAUCUGCUCUUUUUCUGAUUAUUAUACAAAUUGUAAUGUGUUAAAAUAAAAUACAACUUACAUCUCUAACAUGUUUUCCUUUGCCCCCCAUUUGCUGCUAUGGAUGACUGUUAAACUGUUCUUGUUACCGCUUACAGAAGAAAAUUAUGAUUAUUAUAUGCUGUGUGGUUCUGGGAAUCGUCAUUGCUUCCAUUGUUGGAGGAACGCUGGGCUAAACCUCAACCACAGUCACACUUUAAGACACACAGCUGCACACACAACAGAGCAAAAACACAACAGAUUGACAUUUUCAGUUUCCUGUUUUCAUGAAUGCAAUUUAGUGCAAGGGGUGUUAUUUACUGUACGACACAUUUGAUGCGUGGCGUACAGGGCAAAAGGUGUUUUCGCAUGAGUUGCUAUUUUGUAAAUGUGUGGUGCUGCAAACUGUUUAUCUGAGUGUUGUCAAUGAUAUGAUGUUUCCAAAAGUGAAUUGUUGAAUGAAAAAAGUUUUACUAAAUGAUAUGUAACACUAUACUAAUACAUUCCAACUUCCAAAUAUGACACUUAAUCAGUUGUAAUGCCUGUUUUGUGUUGUACAGACAAAGACGGGCCGCUAGUCUGUGUUUUCAAAGCCACGUUAUCUGUAGACCCUUUGUUUAAUCACAUCUUGAUUGACUUUAUCUUUUCGUCUGAUGUUCUCUCUCUGAUGUCCUCUACCUCCCUCCAACAGCCCUGCAUGGUUUAGUUCACUGUAAAGUGGUGUUUUGUUUUCUGUUGCAAAUGAGAAAGAAGACACGUUGGAUAUUUUGCUGGUAGAAUCAUCAUACUGCCAAAUUUUUCUAAUGUUAUCCCUUAUAGUUUUUGGGAAGCAAUGCUACUGUACUUAACUUCUGGCCUUACCAGUUGUACAGCAUUUCUGAUCGUUGCUCCAGUGUUGAGUGUGUGCAUGUGAAAGAGGAUAUGUGUGUGUGUGUUCAUUUGUAGCUACAUGUUUGAAUGUGCUGAGUGCGAGUCGUGGGAUGAGAACAUGAGGUCUUGUUAAUAGCCACCUGUGUCUUUGUUUUGUAUAAAGUGUAAACUGAUAUAAAGCUCUCUAACACUGCCAGUAUGUUCAAAUAAGCUGUUAAAAUGGAGUCUAGUCUGGUUGGAUUGAUAAUUCUGGUCUGUAAGUGAAAACACUUGCUGAUGUUUCAUGUCUUUUAUAAACCCCAGCUUUAAACAGAGCAUAUCCUUCUGUCGAGCUACUUCAAUGUUUAUUUUUAUGAGUGAACAUGAGUCAGUGAAAGCGUCAGCAUGAACUCAAAGUAGCGCUGUAAAAGACUCUCAUGUCAGUUUUCUGGUGACAUAUCGGACAUGAACAGACUGUAACCAUGUUACCAUGUUGCCUACUCAUAUAGUUGCCUUUGUGUUGUAUUGUGAUAACAUGGUUUUGUUUGUUUAAUUUGAGUUUCUUUUUGUUUUGAUUUUUCAAGUAAAGUUUGUCUGAAAAUCA